AUGGCGCCCUCGGCCGUCGACGAUCCGGCUGAUGCCGCCUUAAAGGCCAAGAUGCCCGGCGAAAAAAAGUACCCUCCCGCCAACAUCUUCCCCGUCAAGGAGACGCGCUUCGAGCAGUACAUUGAGCCCCAACCCGAAGGGCGCAGGAAAGCCCUCGACCAAGGGGGCGAUGCUGCCAUUGUCAUUGAUAAUGGAUCUUCUGCCGUCAGGGCCGGAUGGUCAUUCGAUUCAUCCCCACGCUUCACCUUGCCGCCCAUCAUGGCUAAGUAUCGUGAUCGCAAGCUGGGCAAGACCUUCUCCUUCGCUGGGUCCGACUGCUACGCCGACACGACGGCUCGAGGCCACAUCCGCAACGCCUUCGAGGCCGGCACGGGAAUCGUCAGCAACUGGGACGUCAUGGAGCACGUCCUCGACUACACCUUUCUCAAGCUGGGCAUGAACGACGCCGAAGGAGCCAUCGAUGUGCCCAUUGUCAUGACCGAGGCUGUUGCCAACCUGCCUUACUCGAGGAAAUCCAUGACGGAAAUCAUCUUUGAAUGCUACGGCGCACCAUCGGUAGCCUACGGCAUCGACUCCCUCUUCUCGUACCGAUACAACAAGGGCAGCACGGGCCUGGUGGUGUCUUCGUCGUACAGCGCCACGCACGUGAUACCCGUCUACGACAGCAAGGCCAUGCUGGGCCAGGCCACGCGGCUGAACUGGGGCGGCUAUCACAUGGCCGAGUACCUCCUGAAGCUGAUACGGCUCAAGUACCCGGCCUUCUCCGGCAAGAUCAACGUGUCGCAGGCGGAGCACAUGAUCAAGGACCACUUCUACGUGUCGCAGGACUUCGACACCGAGGUUGCGAGCUACCUGGACUGGACCGGUCUGGAGGACCGCGACGUGGUGAUGCAGUACCCCUUCACGGAGGAGGUGGUGGUGCAGAAGAGUCAGGAGGAGCUGGAGCGUAUCGCCGAACGCAAGAAGGAGAGCGGGCGGCGGCUGCAGGAGCAGGCGGCCAAGAUGCGGCUGGAGCGGCUGAUGAAGAAGGAGAACGACCUCGAGUACUACCGGCGGCUGCAGGCGCGGCUCGAGGGCGAGACCAAGAAGGAGACGCGGCGGCAGCUGGACAGCCACGAGAUCCGCGACGAGGCGGAGCUGGACAAGAUGAUACGCGAGCUGGAGCGCAACGUCAAGAAGGCGCGCACCAAGGACCUGGGCGGCGACCCGGAGGAGAACGACGAGGCCCCACCCGACUUCAGCCUGCUCGAGGUGGCGGACGAGGAGCUGGACGAGGCGCAGAUCAAGCAGAAGCGGCAGCAGCGGCUGCUCAAGUCGAACCACGAGGCGCGGGCGCGCGCCAAGGCGGAGAAGGAGGCGGAGAAGGCGCGCGUGGCCGAGGAGGAGCGUCUGGACCGGGAGCGUCGCGAGAACGACCUGGCGGCUUGGCUGGAGGACCGGCACCAGGAGCGGGCCGACGUCAUGGCUCGGAUCCGCGAGCGCGACCGGCUGAAGCAGGACCUGGGAAACCGCAAGUCGCUGGCGUCGCAGAUGCGCAUGAAGGAGAUUGCCAACCUGGCGUCGGACGCGCCGGCCAAGAAGCGCCGCCGGGGCGGCGACGACGACGACUUCGGCGCCAACGACGACGACUGGGGCGUGUACCGCCAGAUCGCCGUGGGCGAGAACUCGGACGACGAGCACGAGGAGGAGGACCUGCAGGCCACGCUGCGCGCGCUGGAGAGGGACCUGCUCCGGUACGACCCGCACUUCGACUACGAGCAGACCCUGGACGCCCAGUCCGACUGGUCGCGCAGCCUGCUGCACGCCUUCGCCCGCGGGCCCCGGCCCUUCGACCCGUCCUCGCAGGCCGAGCUGAGCCAGGUCCACCUCAACGUCGAGCGCAUCCGCGUCCCCGAGGUCCUCUUCCGCCCCUCCAUCGCCGGCGUCGACCAGGCCGGCCUCGUCGAGAUAGCCGGCAACAUACUCAACCAGAGGCUCGCCGCCGCCGUGGGCAGCGCCGACGCCGUCCACGACACCUUUGUGCGGGACGUCUUCCUCACCGGAGGUGCCACCCUCUUCCGCGGCCUGGACGACCGCAUCCGCUCCGAGCUGAGGGCCCUGCUGCCCACACACGCGCCCCUCGCCGUCCGCAAGGCGGGCGACCCCCUCAACGACGCCUGGAGGGGUGCCGCCCAGUGGGUCGGAUCCGACGCCUGGAAGGCUGCUACCAUUUCUAGGCAGGAAUAUCAGGAGAAGGGCGCAGAGUACAUCAAG